AUGAAUCCUCACCAGAAGAACAAGGUCGAUGUCAAGAACCUCUCUCCCGAGGAGCAACGACUAUUCCGCCUCUAUGGCAAGCUCCCCUCCCGCUCCGAUCACUUCGCCAAGCAUCUUAAAGACCGCAAAUACUUCGAUUCCGGUGACUAUGCCAUGUCCAAGGCCGGAAAGGGUGACGGUGUAGACGCUGGUGCCGUCGGCUCCCAGCACCCCGUCCCCGAGAACAUCCCCCACCUCUCUUCCCCCGUCAACUCCAACACCUCCUCCACUAUCGCCAACGGAGCCAGCGCCAACGGCGGCUCUAUCCCCAAGCACGCCCACCAUGGCUCUAUCCCCGGUAUCCAGGCUGGCAGCCCUAUUAAGGAGAGCAGCUUCCUCAAUCACCAGACCAACGCCGACGAGACCGACGAAACCAACCAAAAUGAGGAGAAGCCAAAACCAGCUGAGAGCGGCAUUCCUAUCCGGGGAUAG